AUGGCAGAUCAAGUCCAACUGCGGCCGUUCCAGAAGCUUUAUCUUCCAUUCGCUCAGACUGCACACGAUAUUGCUCAGAUUCAGACUUCGCAGCCUACCCAAGCACUUCUUGCUCAUGUACAAGAGAUCACGAAGGGGCUCUCUGAUGCUGCCACGGUCUACCGGAACGCCAGCCAAAGAGCACUUAACAGCCUCACAGCUCACUCCACUCUGAGCAAACAUGAAGUCGACGAAGUAUGGAUUGGCCAUUCCACGAUUGUGGACAGGAUCCAAGGCCUCAUACACCACCUUCACGCGAGCAGGAGCACCAUGGUACCUGACCUACUCUACGCGCUCGUAGAUUCUACCCAAGAGGCAAGGGAAGCAUGGGCACUGCUCAGAGCUGCGGACAAGCUCGUGGACUUACUGAACAGCCCAGCGCGGAUUCAGCGCCUUAAAGAAGAGACUCCGAGCCAGAUGAGCAUCAUCAUUGCGUAUCGCAAGUAUCGAGAAGAAGUCAUUGCAACUUGGCUCGAAGAUGCUCGCAGAGCAGUGACUCUAUUCAACACCGUAGACGACACCGAGGACGCUCGCGCUGAUCGCGCCUGGAAUGAGGCAACUCGAUGGUGGACGAUGAAGGCCCAGAUGUACUCUCAGCUGCAAGAGACGAAGCGCGACCUCAAGCCAUCCCUGCGCGCUGAUCUGGAUCCAGAGAAUCCUGGCAUGUCUGCCAUCACGGCAGUGGAAGAUGAGAUCGACGACUUGAUGGAAGGCAUGUACUACACCAUGUACGAGGCCGUCGAGUACGAGCCAGACCAGGAGGAAGGUCUAGUCAAGGUGGUGGCAUGGAGUGAGCACGAGCUCGAGAAACUGAAGACUCAGCUCGGUUCAGCUGUUUCUGUGGUCAUCGACACCUCCAAGAAAGGCUCACCGGCUCUGUCGCCUCUGGAAGAUCAGUUGCUGGAGAACAUUUGCUCGUUCACCAUGGGCGAGAUUGAGGAUCCGUGCAUGCUCAAGACUUGUCAACACGUUUUCUCGUACGGCUACGUCGUGCCUUGGAUCAACUCAGCGAACAAGUGCGCAAAGUGUCGCGGGAAGGCGGAUGUCCACAACCUGCAGCUCCUAGACGUGACAGUGCCUAAUCAGUAUCGGUCCUCUCCAGUGGAAGACGAGACUUCUGCUGGCGCGUCUGCUGCAGAAGACUGA